UCGCAAAUUCUGGUAGGCUAUUAGGCUCUCUUCCUCUUGAGCAUGAGAUCCAUCACUCAGUUUUGUACUUUUGUUUUUGCACCCAGCCCUUUUUUUCAACAGCUCUGCUCCAACUUCUUUAUCCAAAACAAACACUUCUGUAUUAACAAUUUAAUUAAUAUCUACACAGCCUGCUAGGGUUAGGAGGUGUGGAUUAUAGCAAAAUCCCCGGAAUUUGUACCACACACCUGUGCCCAAGACCGCCGCUUAUUGUUCGCCAAUAUUUUGUAUACAAAUCACUCAAAUUCCUCUGUUGUUACUUGUUGGUUCAAUCGUGUGUAGAUUUGUCGGGUUAUUGGGUUCGUUUGAUUUGUUCAAUUGGAGAUCACAUUUUAUUUUUUGCUUUUUUUAAAUUAAUUUGUGCGUUAUGGAUAAGAAGAAGGUGGCAGUUCCACUUGUGUGUCACGGCCAUUCCCGGCCUGUUGUUGAUCUCUUUUACAGUCCGGUUACGUCCGAUGGGUUCUUUCUCAUCAGUGCUAGCAAGGAUUCCAGUCCUAUGCUUAGAAAUGGGGAGAGCGGAGAUUGGAUUGGAACAUUUGAGGGGCAUAAGGGUGCAGUGUGGAGUUGCUGUUUGGAUACUAAUGCUUUGCGGGCUGCGUCCGGUUCUGCUGAUUUUACUGCGAAAGUAUGGGAUGCAUUGACAGGGGAUGAAUUGCACUCAUUUGAACACAAGCAUAUUGUUCGAGCGUGUGCCUUUUCAGAAGAUGCACACCUCUUACUUACUGGUGGAGUUGAGAAAGUACUUCGCAUAUAUGAUUUGAAUCGCCCAGAUGCACCUCCAAGAGAAGUGGACAAAUCUCCUGGUUCAGUCAGAACUGUGGCUUGGCUCCAUAGUGAUCAGACAAUAUUAAGUUCUUGCACUGAUACGGGCGGAAUCAGACUAUGGGAUGUAAGAAGUGGUGAGAUAGUGCAAACACUUGAGACCAAGUCAUCUGUUACCAGUGCUGAAGUGAGUCAAGAUGGUCGUUAUAUUACAACCACAGAUGGGUCUACUGUGAAGUUCUGGGAUGCAAACCAUUUUGGGCUUGUGAAGAGCUACAAUAUGCCAUGCACAGUAGAAUCAGCUUCCUUGGAGCCAAAGUAUGGGGAUAAGUUCAUUGCGGGAGGCGAGGAUAUGUGGAUUCAUGUAUUUGAUUUCCAUACUGGUGAAGAGAUAGCGUGCAACAAGGGUCACCAUGGUCCUGUACACUGCCUCCGGUUCUCACCAGGAGGGGAAUCAUAUGCCUCUGGAUCUGAGGACGGGACCAUAAGAAUAUGGCAGACUGGGCCAUUGACACACGAUGACUCUGAGGGGUUCAGUGCAAAUGGGUCAAGUGGAAAGGUCAAGGUAAUGGCUGAGGAGGUUUCUCACAAGGUUGAGGGCUUCCACAUUGUUGGUGAGGGGAAGACAACAGAGAAAGAAGCAGCAAGGGAUUGAAUAUUGAUUGAAGCUGCAAGUUCCCUCAGCCACUCUUUCAGCAUGCAUUGUGCUUAGAUCCUGCCUUGUCAUAAAGACGGUCACCUAAGCCAAUUCUUGUACCCAAUUAACAUCGCAUUAAAUAGUGUAGGACAGGCGAGACCAGAUGUUUCUUUGUAAGUUCUAGAUAGGUUUUAAUUUUUGUUGAUGCACCCUCUAUAUUGAAUUUAUAGAAGUGUUUAUUGUAAAAUCUGUACUGGAUAAGGAUUUUUCUCGAUAUUUAGAGUUACAAGGAUUAAAUUGUUAUAAGCGUCGUAUAUUUACAGUUA